UGUGCCGUUACCAUGCUGUAACCUUGUUCGACCCACUCCUGUAUACACGUAAUGGGUGGCCGUCAUCGUCGUGCAUGACCUUUCCGCGACACAUUUCAGAUUCUCAGCUCACAGGCAGCCGUUUAAUCGAAUACAUUAUAAACUCAUAUCCUUAUUUCCCGACUUCCGACCGACGUGUACGCUAGAGUUACCUUGAGUAGCUCGAGUAUUACCAUUCCAACCACCAGACUAAAGCUGCUUCUGCGGCUCUGAGCUGUUGAAUCAGGGCCGCCGGGAUAACGUUUGAAACUCCACCCUUCUGUGUUCAGAGCUGGGAUAGCUCCAACCGGAGCGAUUUAUCAAGAUGACUGCAUGGAAUAUAUUUCGAAUACUAGCAGAUUGCUCUCAUCUGCUAUCGAAAUGCAUCCUAAUCUUCGCGAUCCAUCGCAACCGGAGCGCUGAAGGCGUCUCUUUCAUCACCCAAGUCUUCUACGCGAUCGUCUUCUGCACGAGAUACACGGAUUUCUUCCACGAGAGAUCGAACUGGAACUUUUUCUUCAAGCUAUUCUAUAUCGUCUCGUCCUUCUACAUCCUAAUUAUUAUGCGAUGGCUGUUUCCGCGCACCAGGGAACGCGAGAUAUCAUGGAAGCUCGGCGCCGUGGUCCUGAUGGGAUCGUUGUUCAUCUCCCCCUUCACCAUGUUGAUAUUCGACAAAGGUGAUCUAUGGGGUUUCUUCAGGUGGAUGUACGACUUCUCCCUAAUCCUCGAAUCCGUCUGCGUCCUCCCACAGCUCCUCCUCCUCCGCCAAACCACCGUCCCCACCGUCAUCGACUCCUUCUACCUCCUAGCCCUAGGCUCCUACCGCGCGCUCUACAUUCUUAACUGGAUCGUGCGGGGUAUCGACCCGUCGGACUCCGGCGCCGGCGCCGUCCAGAUCAUCUUCGGCGUCGUGCAGACGGCGCUGUACGUCGAUUUCUUCUGGGUGUACUACACGCGCCAGCGCGUCAAGCUGCGUGCCGGCGGCCUCGUCGACGCAGACGAUAUCCGCCGCGGCUGGCUGCUUAAUCGUAUUUUCGGAAAUAAGAGGUUUCAAGCUGCUGAUACGGAUGAUGAGGAGAGCGCGCCUGCGCUAGGGAGGAAUGGGGCGGGGGGUGCGGGUGCGGGUGUGGGAGGCCAGCGGAGGAGUAAGUGGGGUGCUAGGGGGAUCUCGAUUAGUGCCGACGAGGGCGUCCACGAGGCUCAGGAGGAGGGCGUGAGACGUCAUGAUAGCGAUGACGAUGAUGACGAGUUCAAUGACGCGGCGCCGGAUGCGCGGAUGCGGGACCCGGAUGAGCUUGCUCGCGUGCUUGACGAUGAAGAGUCGUCGGAAGAAGAAGACUCCGAUGAUGAAGGGUUGCCGGAGCCGGCGCCGGGGGCGGCGCACGGUAGGAACGCUAGUGGUGUUAGUAACGGUAGCGAGUGGCGGGAUAACUAAGUGCGAAGUUAGGUGGAGUGUGUAGAGCUUAAUAUCCGUCCGUGCUUAAGGAAGGGUGGAUGGGGUGGAUGACUUCAACGGGAAGAGAUGGAUCUCUGUUACAACACAUCGUCGUCGUGUUUGAGGGUCUGACCGCGAAGAUAGGAUGGGAGGAGGAAGGGAGGGAGGUUGUAUCCAACUGUACUGUAGUACUGUAAGGCUAGGUAGGCUAGGCUAGGCUCAACGCAUAACGGAUGAAGGCGUCACGGUUUUACGUGUGAUGGGAGUUAAUUGGUUUAUUACAUCAAGUCUCGGAAUCAAUUAUAUUCGAAUGGGCGGUUAGUGAAUUGACUUGUGCUCUUCUUGGCUUUUUGGGAUACGUUGUUUAUCUAGGUAGGUAGGAAGGUGUGUUCUUGUUUAUUGAGUAUUAAUUGCUGGGGGUUGAUACUAAUAUACGACACAUACCUACAAAGCGCUUUGUAUGUCAGAUUCUAAAGUUUA